CACGUUUGUUAUCGUGACAAUCGGGCUGCGUUUCAACAAUUCCUAUUUUAUCAAGUUUACCGAUCGUUAGACGUGAUUUAGUGUAUUAGAGACUGGUUCUAAAGCUCGUUAGGAAAGGCUAUAUCAUGACAAAUGCAUUAACGGUUCCAAAAGUCUGCUAAGCGACGAUGACGUUCAUACAUUGGGCAAUGAAAGGAUGAUGCAUGCUAUGACGUCAUUGUGUUCUAUUUUGUUAAUGUCUUCGCAGUUUGUGGCGAUACUUGCUCUCAAUGCUUCAUGGUCACCUUCUGUGAACCCGGUAACCCUGGUAACAGUUGACGUAUGCGGUGGAUGCCAAAAUGGUGGUUUAUGUAACGUAGCUGUCGGUAAAUGUGCCUGCGACAAAGGCUUUGGGGGAGAUCAUUGUCAAUUUUCGACGAAAAACAUGAAGUCAAAGCCAUCAUAUCACUGCAAAACUGACGGUGGAUGUAAAAACGAGGGAAUAUGCGUGGACACGGGAGAAUGUCUGUGCAUACGACCGUUUCAUGGUGACCAGUGUGAAUUUGUUGAUGAUUGGUGGAAUGCCUCUGUUGAUGAAGAAAAGGAUAAACGAUCGAUGAUCGUGUCUGCAAGUUUUGCCGUUGUGGUUAUGUUUGUUGUUUGUUUCCUCAUCAUAUACGUCAACAUCAAGCGAGUGAAAGAGGCGAGGCAGGACGCCAUGGAGAUACGAAAUGCAACUCAAGUUGAUGGUCCUCCACACCUGCGCAUUAGUAGACGACUUCUUCAAAAUCGUCACGAUGACAUUGAAUCAGAUGACCAUAAUUCUAGCGAGGAAAACGUCACUCCAACGGAAGGAUGCUUUCUGCCUGGUAUUGGCCAUUUUCCAGGAGUGGUGGUGGUCGCCGUAUAAGCCAUUCAAGGGAAGGAGCCACUAUGGCUGGUCUUCAUCCUGUUAGCACUGCCCCAGCAAUUCUGCAAGGAGGUAUACCACCAAAAUAUGAUGACAUUGUGUCGCCAAAUGACGAUUACCCACGGGGGUCAACCGUGACAAUUCAGGAAACUAACUUAUUAAUAAUACCGCCCUCAUAUGACGAGGCAAUGGAGGCAAACGAGCCAGAAUCUAUUCGUCUGCACUCAUUUGCGCGGGGAUCGUCAACUUCGAGUGGCAUAUACAUGAGAAGCAUUGCGAGUGAAACAGACAGCCAGGAAGUAUUACAGGAACACGGUGAUUCGCUACAUCACAUGCGGCGAUGCAGUGCAGCUCAUAUUCGAACAAGUCCCCGAAUACCGGAGGAAUCGGACGAAAAUGAUAGCGUUUUUGAGGAGGAGGGGGAGGAGUCUUCUGGGAGGCGAAGACCUAACCAACGAUCUGACUCGUCAUCUGACGAUGCAACUCCGGAAGAAAUUGUUGUCAGACAACAUCUCAUUGGUCCGCGAAGGUCACGUGAUAUUGUUGGAAGCCUUACUACUAGGAGUGAUGAGAUUGAUGAAUUCCACCGACUGCCACAAAUUAACACACAUUUAUGAGAAGCAGAAUCAUUUAAAUUACCAAUUAAAUUGUCUCUAUACAAUAUUUAUUUAAAUAUGUGCUGGCAGUGAAGGCACUUUUAGUUGCACAAGACGGGUAAGGUGGAUACGGUGUGUUUCCAGCGAAUAUUGCCUAACUCCUCAAACAAAAAUGGCAAUUGCGGCAAGUGCUGUUCGAGUUCUUAGUAAUUUGCAUGUACGUUAUUUAAACGACUAUAUUUCAUAUAUAUAUGCAUUGGCUUCAACACCAUCACAGAAAACGUGAAACAAAAUCAUUUGAUCGACGUUGACGGCGCAUGUUUAUAUAAAAACUCGUCUCCCACCGAUUGAUAAAACUGAGAUUGAAUGCGACGGCGAUACAAUAAACCAGUAGUAAAAAGAAACAACAUUCGUUGUACUGCAGUAUGGGUUAUGUUUCACGCUGACAUGCCACGGCUUCUUCGCCGAUAAAGAGAUUAUCGUGGCCCAAUCUCCGGUCACCCUGUUUCCCAGACGCCAAAUUGGUAGUACUGUCUACAAUUUUUGCAUAUAUAUGUUUGUUCAAAUCGAAUGUGGGCUUCCACACAAUCAACUCAAGACAGAAAUUAUUUGUAUUUUUGAUAAUGCGUAAUUGGUGUUUUUCUUUGAAUAAACAGAGAAUUUUUUAAA